AUGGGCUGCACAAGCAGCGCUCCAGUUAUGGCAGACGCUCGGAGUGAUGCAACAGAUGGCGCCAAAUCGGAGACAAAUAAUGAACACUAUGCGGCAGAGGAAAAAGUCCAGAAUACAUUUGUUAAUCACAAGAAUCACUUGAGUUUGGACAGCCACUAUUCUACUGAGAUGCUUCCUAAAAGUGAUAAAAUAAAUGAAAACGUACAAUUACCUAGUUAUAAUUCUAUAUUUUUAAACAACGACUCGGAUUGGCCAGCCAAAGGUAUAGACAAUUGUUUAAACAGUGAUAGCCAGAAAAACAUCGUUCAAACAGAGAAAAAAUUAAAAACAUUUAUCGAAGUAGUAGAUCAAGUUUUAGUGAAUAAUGUAGUAGAAGAUGAAAAAUUAGAAGAAACAGAUGCUGCAAGGAAUGAACCAGAACCUGAGAGUGUUUCAAUAAAAGACGAAAUUAUACCAGCAGACAAUAAAACUCCUGAAAUAGUUAAUGAAAAUUUAGAAGAAAAGGACGAGGUAAACAACAUUUUAGAACAUGAAAGUCCAACACAGUCAGAAAGCCGGUCCACUCGUUGGGAGGCUUUAGCGGAUAUAGCUGCAGAACUCCCACCUUCUCUCGCCGUGGACCCUGUCACUGGGCAAAUAUACUCCCUUACCAAAUAA